AUGAAAUUAUUCACGCUUUUAUGCCUUUUGUCGGCGUUGGCUUUUAGCUCAACUUUAGCGUGUAGAUGCUUGCCACAACACCCUCAAAAGCAAUUCUGCGAAUCAGAUUUUGUUAUUAAAGGAAGAAUUUUGAGUCGAACAGAAAGCGGCCAUUCACAGCUUGAGAAUGCCUUUUAUACAGUACAAAUUAUUCAAAACUACAAAAGGGAACAUUACGGUAGCGCGCGCCGUGUACAGAUAUUUACAGAUUUACAAUCCUCAAUGUGUGGUCCCUUUUUCCAGAUUGGCCGUGAAUACAUCAUAACUGGCUCUAUCCAAAAUGACAGAUGGAGGGUAAGUUCAUGUUCCUGGAACCCUGAGUCGCCUUCACUUACUCCAUACCAAAGAAAUGCUCUCAAAUUUGGAUAUUACAGGAACAGUUGUGCAAGCAAGUAGAAAUUUGCUUCCCUGGCCAGUGUGCUCAACCUUCGAGAAACAAAUGUGUCCUUGAUCAAUCAGCAGAUAACUCAUGUUUUUACAAGGAGAAUUACUGUAAAAAGGAAACAUAUGGAUGUGCCUGGCAUUCCCCUGCUUGCGUUUAAUGUGUUACUCUUUGUAUAACAAAUUUUGUUGAAACAAAAUAUAGCCAGCAGUCUCGUUGUUUUAAAUUUCUUUUGUCAUCAACGAAAACAAAAUAAUGUAUCGAAAUUGGACUUUUU